AUGCCUUCAGCAACGAUCGACGAUAUUUCAGCAUCCAGCAUAAUGGCGGAACCAAUCGACGACGAUGCUUCUUCAAGCAGUACUCCCUCCACGUUACCGUUCCCGCCUGUCACCAAGUCCCAGAUCAUGCACUGCUCCUACCAUUACUGGCAUCCCAAAUACAGAGCCAUCACACCCAAGGCUAGACUGAUCCCUCUCACACAACCUUUCAUCGAUUACCUACGCGCCGACGGAAUCAUACUCCCCGACGACGAAGAGCCAGUUGAUCAUUGGGACUCAGACAGUGGCGUCUUCUCUUCCUCAGACAAUCCGGAGGCAAGAGAUGACAGUGAUGAUGAGGAAGAAGUGGAUGUGGCGGCAGACUGGAGAGAUGUCCAUCAAUCAAUCAAGAGCACCAUCGACGAACUCGGCGGCAAGGUCAUGCCCAAGCUCAACUGGUCUGCACCAAAAGAUGCAACAUGGAUGAAUGCAAACACAAUGGAGUGUAGAACACCCAGUGAUAUCUAUCUGUUGCUAAAGAGCUCCGACUUUGUUACGCACGAUCUCGAGCAUGCAUUUGACGACUGCGUAGACACACCGGACUCAACAAUAUCACAACGCGACAUUCCAUACCACCUUGUGCUGCGGAAAGCCGUACCCACCUUCAACCCUUCUGUCGAGUUUCGGUGUUUCGUUCGAGAGCGAAAGCUGUUGUGUAUAUGUCAACGCGACCUCAACCACUUCGACUUCCUUCUCAACAUGCAAGAUAAGCUGCGAUCGAUGAUCAAGGAGUUCUUCGAAGUAAGACUACGAGACUCUUUUCCCGACGAGAGCUUUGCCUUCGAUGUUUACAUACCACAACCGUACGAUCGAGUCUGGUUGGUCGAUUUCAACCCUUGGGCGCCGAGGACAGACCCAAUACUUUUCAGUUGGCUGGAGCUAUUGAGCAUGGACGCACCUCAGGAGCCAGGACCCAUCCCAGAAGGCCAGUUCGCUCGACUGUACUUCAAUGCACCCAAGCCGGAAGGACUCGAUACUGCUGCGUUAGAGGCUCCCGCGAACGAAAUUGACGGUUCGUCAGAAGAAGAAGAAGAAGACGAAGAGGACGCUGAUGAAGAGCUGUAUCUGCCUGAGCUGCGUCUAGUCCGUAAGACAGAUCCCGAAGCAUACAGCUUCGCUACUCCCCAGUACAGCGCGCACAAGCUACCCAAGGACGUUGUCGAAGCUGGUGCAAGUGGCGAAGGGCUACGCGAGUUCGCGCGGGACUGGCAGAACAUUCUCGAAAAGCGUCGAGGUGAAGACGCUGCAGCAGAAAGCAGUGACGAUGAUUGA